AUGGCCAGUGAUCUCUGCACGGAUUGUGUACCGUGUAGAGCGAGUGGCAAGACUGAUUCAGUUCGAGCUCAUGAUAGGGUAGCUUCAUUUUACCGGCCCGAUGCCUACAACACACUCCCGAGUCUUCUCAACGCCAGCCACCAGCUCAACGAGUUGGAUGGCAUAUCCACGGUGUCUGGCCCCAUCCGACAACUCUUCCUGGACCACGGCGUCCAAGAGCGAUUCGGCGUUAUCCUGCUGCACAAGCACCUGGACAUGGAACCAACCGAGCGUCUGGUCGAGUGCGGGUGCACUUCCAGCCCGUGGGACGUUGGCGACGCUACCAGCCCUGUCGUCAACAAGUAUGAGGGCACCAUCGUCCCCCGAUCGUUCCGGCUGAUGGACGGAAGCUUCGUCCCCUACGAAUUCGGAUAUCUCCACGAGGGACAGCACCCGGCCUCGGAGGAGGACAGCGAUGCCCACUUCUUGCAGGAAUUUGGCAGGUUUCUGGGAGAACAUCAGCUUGACCGGGUCAUUGGCCUCCGCGACUUGGACCAGCAUGAUCCGAAGCUGAACGUCGAGGUCACCGAAGGCAGGGCCAACAUCAUGAUGCCGCGAGGCAGUGUGCCGGAGAGCGAGCUGAUCCCGGCAGUUUGGACCUUUGGACUCGGCGAAGACGAUAGCUGCAAGUGCCGCGGGUAUUGCUAUUAUAGGGGCUCAGAUCACACCGGCCAAUACAGCCAUACCUGCCAAAGGUAG